AUGUCGCUGGUUACUCCGUUGUAUUUCAGUGCUGUUCAAGCCAACUUUUAUAGAGGAUCACAACCAAGGGAAAUCAACCUACCCUUCCUCGUAACGUUGGGGUUGAAAUACAUUGUUUCACUCACACCAGAGCCUUUGACGACGGGAGAUUCAUGCAUGGAGACGUUUUGCCGAGAAAAGGGUAUUGAAAACGUUUUUAUCGAAUGUAACAACGAGAAAGCACCCAAGGACAAGUCGAAGAGUAAGGUGAAACGCAAGAAAAAGGCCGUUCCAAUCGAUUACGAUGUUGUAGUACAAUGCAUACAGUUCCUGGCAGAUAAAAAUCAUUAUCCAUGCUAUAUACACUGCACAAACGGAGAAUUGGUGACAUCGCUAGUGGUGGCAUGUCUUCGAAAACUGUCGUAUUGGAGCACGGUAUCGAUAUUUAACGAGUUUUUGACGUACAACUCAAGCAUCAACAUUCAUGAACGUGGAUUUAUCGAGAAUUUCAAUCUCGACAUCGAUAUACGGGACCUGGACAUGAAAGAUAAAGUUUCGUGGAUGAUUGUACGAUCCAGCAGUGUUUCUGACACCCAUCAGAGAAAUGGAUGUUUGGGUGAAGAUGACAAACAACACACCAAUGUUGGGGGGACCCAUCGUGCCAUCAGACGCAUUGGAAGUUUUCCAGGUAUGCUUCCGCGACUCAAUUUCCAUGGUGUGAACACUUAG